CUGCUAAGCAUUCAGUUGCGAUCGCGGUGCGAGCGCGUCAAGUACUAGCUAGAGAAGAGGAACAGUCAUUUUUCGAAAAACGGGUGGAAAAUUUUUCAUGUUGACGGUGGUUGAAACGCAGAAGAGCAGAAGGGCCCGCUAAUAAAGCCUUUUGCAAUAGUGGUGCAAGAAUAAACAACAAAGGCUAAAUAAACAAAAUUAUUAUAAAAUACCAUACCAUACUACAAGUGCAACGCGAACGACUGCAAAUUGCAGUUUGAAUACAAAUUAACACACAAAUAACACAUAGUUCUUGGUUAACAAGCUAUUGUCAAAAUGGUGACGAACGAAAAUAAAAAUCUAUUAAAUGAUAACAGAUUGGGCGUCAGCGGAAAUGGAGGUGCCGGACAACCGAAAGCCCAAAUUGUGCCCGCUCAACCCAAGACUCUGCAGCAUUUACCCAAGCGCCCAGCCGUGGAUUUGGCAUUUCAUAAUUUGACAUAUCGCGUCAAGGAGGGCAACCGCAGCAAUGCCAAAACCAUUUUGAAGGGUGUCAGCGGGCGUUUGCGGUCAGGAGAGCUCACAGCCAUCAUGGGACCAUCGGGUGCUGGCAAGAGUACAUUACUUAACAUUUUGUCGGGCUACAAAACCACAAAUAUCGAAGGCAGUGUUACCAUGAAUGGCUCGGAGCGAAAUCUGAGCACAUUCCGCAAAUUGUCCGCAUACAUAAUGCAGGAUAACCAACUUCACGGCAACUUGACUGUUCAGGAAGCGAUGACAGUGGCAACAAAUUUAAAGCUGAGCAAAAAGUUCACAAAGCUGGAGAAGAAUUCAAUGAUUGAUGACAUUCUUUUGACUCUAAGUUUGAGUGAACACCGCAACACGAUGACGCGCAACUUGUCAGGAGGACAAAAGAAACGUUUAUCGAUCGCACUCGAGCUGGUGAGCAAUCCGCCAAUUAUGUUCUUUGAUGAGCCCACUUCGGGCUUGGACAGCUCGACAUGCUUCCAAUGCAUACAUCUGCUGAAAAUGUUGGCAGCCGGCGGACGUACUGUCAUCUGUACUAUCCAUCAGCCAUCCGCUCGACUCUUCGAAAUGUUUGAUCAGCUUUACACCCUAGCCGACGGACAGUGCGUGUAUCAAGGCAGCACUAAGCAGCUAGUGCCUUUUCUAUCGACACUGAACUUGGAGUGCCCGAGCUAUCACAAUCCAGCUAGCUAUGUGAUCGAGGUCUCGUGCGGCGAGCACGGCGAUCACACACGCAAGCUGGUCGAUGCCAUUGACAAUGGCAAGCGGGACAUUCGCUCUUCGGCCGACUACGCCACGCUGAAGGCACGCAACGAUCUGGUGAAAGUGCAAAAUUUGAAAGCGAUUUUGGAUAAAAACGAUGUGUCUACCGUUAAUGGUAGCAAAUACGAGGACAACUUAACUCUGAACAAUGGUUUGCUGAACGGCAUGGUCAACGACAUUGUCAAGGAGACGAACAACACGGGCACACAGGCUGUGGUGUCAACCAACGAGAAGGGCGAUGCUAUGAUUGAUGUGGAAAAGACAGACAAUUGCACAACCGCUCUGCUCUCUGAGGAGAUUAUGUCGCCUGAACGCUAUCCAACUUCCCAGUUUCACCAGUUUUGGGUUGUACUUAAGCGAACUCUUCUUUUCAGUUACCGCGAUUGGACUUUGAUGUACUUGCGUUUAUUUGCCCAUCUCCUGGUUGGCUUCCUCAUCGGAGCUCUCUACUAUGACAUUGGCAACGAUGGCGCUAAGGUGCUAAGUAAUUUGGGUUUUCUGUUCUUCAACAUGCUGUUCUUGAUGUACACUUCUAUGACCAUAACUAUACUGUCAUUCCCUCUUGAAAUGCCAGUGUUGCUAAAGGAGAACUUUAAUCGCUGGUAUUCCCUAAAGUCUUAUUAUUUGGCUAUAUCAGUUGCGGAUCUGCCAUUCCAGGCCAUUUUCUGUGUCAUCUACGUAUCUAUAGUAUACUUCUAUACGUCACAGCCCUGGGAACUGUUCCGUUUCACCAUGUUCUUAUCAGCUUGCCUUCUUAUUUCGUUCGUGGCUCAGUCUGUAGGUCUGGUCGUCGGUGCAGCUAUGAACGUUCAAAACGGUGUUUUCCUCGCCCCUGUCAUGUCAGUACCAUUCCUGCUCUUCUCUGGAUUCUUCGUGUCCUUCGAUGCGAUUCCAGUUUACUUACGCUGGAUCACGUAUCUAUCAUAUAUCCGCUACGGCUUCGAGGGCACGGCCCUGGCCACCUAUGGCUAUGGACGUGAGAAAUUGAAGUGCUUCCAAACAUAUUGUCAUUUCAAAUCGCCCACAACUACACUGGAGGAACUGGACAUGGUGAAGGCGAACUUCACACUUGAUAUCGCAGCACUUGUUGCAAUCUUUGUAGUGCUGCGGGUCUCAGCAUAUCUCUUCCUGCGCUGGAAGCUUAAAACUACACGCUAAUUCUAAUAUAUAUUGUUGUUUUUAUUUUGGGUUAAAAAGCUUUCUGUAUGUACAUGUAUGCCUAUGUAUCUGAUAAUAUUUCAACAUCUGAAACGAUUAAUAAUUUUGUAUAGUAGAUUCAUUUAUAGUUAUUAGACUAAGUGUGAUAGGUCCACUAAUGAAGGUUUCACUGUGAUCUGUGUUUCAGCUCCAGAUAUUACAUAAAACA